AAAUAUUUUUCAAACGUAAAAUCAUUAUUUUUGUUUUUGAAUAAAUAUUCGAUGACAUUUUUUGCAACAAUAAUUGAUUUUACACCUUUUUUUUACAUUCUAAUUUAUCUGAUUGUUACAAAUUUUUAUUCUAUUUGUUUUAAUCACUACAUAUUAUCACCAAUUUGUUAGUAAGUAUCUGUAAUAUACUUAUUGUUGUAUUAUUCAUAAUAAUUUCAUGUAUUAUUUUUAAGUUAUGAUAGUAAAUAACAUUAAUUUUUGGGAACUCGCGUUGUAUGCUAUUUACACCACAAACAUAUCUACUUCAACCGUAACCUAUACCAUCCCUUUCAGGGGUUUUUUGUUACAGUUGAAAAUAAUUUUUAAUUAUUAUUGUUUAAACAAAAUGUUACAAAAAAAAAAAAACCCGAAUGGAGUAGAUUUAAUGUUUUUUAUUGGUUAAACCAUACAUAUUAUGCACAUAUAUAUGUAUGUCGGUGUUUUAAAGGUUAAACACAUUUGGUAUAAAGGAUAAACUAGUUAUCCAGAAAUCGAGAUUGGUCGGUACCAUAUACAUAACUAUACCUACAACAUAAAAGCUCAUUUUUAAUGUCUAACUUACAUUUACCAUCUGAGACAUAGAUAACAUACAACUGUAUCAUGUAGAUAGCAUAUGGUGCAAGUUCCAAUUUGUGUACAUUUUCUAUAGGUACCUAUCUAAAGGUUAGUCUAGACAAGUUUUAACCAGACUUAACAUUUGUGUAGCAGGUGAUUUACCAUAUUAUAUGAAGUGUAGUUUGUGAUAGUUUUUUUUUUUGUUAUUAACAUUUUUAUUAUACAAUCUAUAAAAAAUGUUUAUAAUAAACAUAAGUGAGGAAUUGGUAACAUAGUCAUUGAAGAAGUUUUGAGUGAAGAGGCCACCAAUUGCUAGUACUUUGUCAGGGCUAGAUGAUUUAGAUCAUCUAGUAGGUCAUGAUACCAAUUAUGCUUUAGUUGUCUACCAGGGUCAUCAGAAAUGAUGGGAUUUAGCGGAUUAGUGAUGAGAGGGUUUGGAUGGUUGAGUAGAUGGGAGUAAAAUCUUUAAUAGGUUGUAGCAACUUAAUAGAUAAAAGGGAUCAAAAGAUCUUGGUGUAGUGAGUGGUUGGUUACAUAAAAUGGAGUUUUGGUGAUUUAUCAAAGACAUUUAGAUUGAAAUGUUUAUGUAUAAUCUAAGUUGGAAGGUUUGGCUGAGCUCCAUUGUUGAAUCCCAGGGGUCCAAAUGAGAUUGAGUUGUAUUUUGUUAAUCAAAAUUUUGUUGUUCAGUUUGAUGCAUUUUGGAGAGAGAAGUGGUCUGAGUAGCUGGAAUCUAUUGUUUAUUUUUGAUAUGAGUUGUCCACAUUAGUCAGUGCUCCAGGUAUAGGCCAAGGUAUCAAACAUUUUGUGUAAGAGAAAGUGAAAUAUCUUUCAGGUAUAUAGGAAGGGUUUCUUUAUAUCUGAGCAUAAAUGUGCAGUGUUGCGAUUUCAAUUAAUUAAUUUUAAUUUCCCAUUCUUUGUACCAUGUUUCUAGGAGGUCUAAAUGAUAUUGCAAUAAAUCGGAGGCAGUGUCAGAAUCAGGAUGAAGGGCCAGUAUCCCUAUGUCAUCAGCGAAGUUAGUUGUCAUGGUAAGGGGGUGGUGGGUUAAUCAGAAGUGAAUAAAGUUAAAGAGUAGUGAAGCUGCUACUGCUCCUUGAGGGACAUCAAAUCUGAUUAUGGUAAUGUCAGAUAAUUCUUGGCCUGAUUUCACAGCAAAGUGCCUGUUUUCAAGGUACCAUUUGAAUGUGAGGAAGUAGUAGGGAGGGAGAAGGGUUUUGAUUUUAAAUAAGAGUCCAGAGUGCCAUAUUUUAUCAAAGGUUUGUGCUAGUCAAGAAAUGCACCAGUGCAAAUUUGUUUUUCUUUCAGUAAGUAUGAGAGUGUUUACAAGCUGACUUUAGUGAUUGUUGAGAAAGCCAAAUUGGUGAUGUGGUAGUUUUGAUUCUAUAAAUGUUACUAUCCUAUGUGCUUGAAGAUAAGUUUUUCGAAAAUUUUGGAGAAAAGCAGGACAAGGCUGAUGGAUUAUAGAAGUCUGGGGAAUCAGGGGUUUUGCCUGAUUUGAGAAUCAUGAUGUUAAUGGGGAAUUUCUAUAGGGUGGGUAAGUAUGUAAUUCUUAACAUAGAAUUGAAGAUAUGUGUUAGAAGAGAAGGGCCAAUUUAGAUAGUUAUUUAAAAAUAAAUAAAUUAAUGAAUGCAUCCCUGGAGUAUUAUAAUAAGUAUAUUCAACUAAUUUCAAAUCAUUUGAAUUAUUUAAUUUUUAAUUUUUAUGUACAUUUUUUAUUUAUAUAUUUAUUUACUAUAUUUUUAUUUAAAAUUGAGUUCAGUUAAACUUUAGGAAAACCAAAAAAAAAAAAAACUGUCUAAAAAUCUAACUGUACUGAAUAUACCAACACACAAAAAUUAUCCUCUAUCCUUCACUUCUGUUAGUUUUAAUAUGAUAAAAAAGUAGAUUGUAAUCAUUGUAAUCAGUGGGUCAACAUUAUAUUUUAUUUUUAUACAUAGAAUUAUACUACUACUAACUCCUAUAUUGUAUGUAGGUGUGUUAGAUUUGAAUAAUAUAUCUAGACAUAUUAAAUGAUUUAAUUUAUAUAUAUUUCCACCAGACUAUUUAAUUGAUUUAAAAAAAUAUAUAUAUAGCACUGAAGCUAAAAAAUGUAUUAUAUUAUUUAUCAUUAGUUAUUUAUUUACAUUAUAUUAAUGAAAUGUGCAAUUUGAAAUGAUUGUUAUAAUUAUAAUAAAAUAAGUAUAAGAAAAACAUCUUAUAAUAGAUUGAAGUCAUAAUUUAAUAUUAUUUUUUGUUAUCAUUGAUAGACAACAUUGUGGGAUUAUAUGGAAAUGCUAUCAAAUGGAUAUGGAUGUAUCAAAAAAUGUUCCAAGACAUUAAAGCAAUCUGUGUUUGAUUGGGUGCUACAUAAAUUUAACGUAAAGAGUAAUAUUUGGUUUUUUUGGUAUCUUAAAUUUGAAGAUUUAAGUACUUAAGUUACUUAAAUUUGCAUACUUUAAUACUAACACUACAUUAAGUUUGAACAAAACCUCAUAACUGAUUGAUUGGGUAAGAAACUUAAGUGUAACACUUAAAAUUGUUGGUUUUAUUGUACUAUUUAUUCUACAUUAAACAAUUUUAAUGAGAAUUUUAAAUUAAAUAUAUAAGAGUAUUAAAAGGUGAAAUUGGUGUGCUUAAAGGUUGAUUGGUUAUUUCAGUGUGCUUAUUUGUAUAUAGUUGCCAUAAAUCUCUGUUAUUAAGCAAGUUAAUGUUUUUUUGUUUUUAGAGUUUAUUGACUAGAACAAUGAGCAAUAUACCAACUGCAUCAACAUCAACUGCAUCCACAUCAUCAGCAUCAACAUCAUUAGCAUUACCAUCAACAUCAACAUCACAAUUGCAUCCAUAUACAUUUCGCCAAGAAGUAGAAUAUACAACAACAACAACAGACGAUUCAGAAAUGUCAUCAGAUGAUGACUAUAAAAUAUAUGAAGAACAUUCAAGUAAUUCUAAUUCAAAUCCAAUUGAAUCAAAUAAUUCUGAUCAAUUUGUACCAAGUAUUAUAAGUUCUGACGAUAUAUCUUGGUCAUCUAUUGGAUCUUCUGAUGUAUCUUUGUCAUGUGAAGAUGAGAAUUCAAGUUCUGAUGAUAAUAUUCAUAUUUUAAAUGAAUUGCUUAUAAAACCGGAUGAACCUAAUAAUGAAACACUUGAAAAUCCACCCGAAUCAGCUUCACACACUUCAUGGACUGAAAGUACUCCAACAAAUGAAGAUUCAAAUGAAGCCAAGUGCUCAGAUAUUGAUGAUCAAAAAAUACCAAUGCUUUUACUUCUCGAGGUAAUAGUUAAAACCAUUUAACAAUGAAAUUAAAUUUGGCAUAUUAAGAUUAUUAUUUGUUUUGAAGUGUAUCAAAAUCACCUAAUUACUAUAUACCUAAACAUAACCUAAACCUCUUAUACUUUAGAUAAUUCUAUUUUACCUAGAUGCCAAUUUAUGUCAAAAUUAAUGCUGUUAAUUAUAAAAUUUAAUUAAAUAUUUAAUAUGGACUUCAAGUCCAAUGUUUUUAGGUUGGAAAUUAGCUAAAAUUAACUGAUUGUAGCUCAAAUAGUUGUGUUGAACAACAACACAAUAGUUGUGUUUUUUUAUAAAUGCUUAAAAUAAUUUAGUAUUCAUUUUUAAAAUAAGAAAUAAUUUUAAUAAUAGAAAUAAUUUUUAGUAAGUAAUGUAAUAUCGCUGACAGCUUUGCUUAGGUUUAAAUAGAUAAGUGUGUUAUAUUAUCACAGAAUAAUAUAGAAAUUGGACAUACAACAAAAUAUGGAUAAUAUUAAUAUGGGAUUUCAUUAAAAAAAUGCUCCAAAAAUUAUUAAUUUAAUAGUACAGAUUUGUAAUAAAAAAUUCUGGAUUUAUACACACUCCAGAAUGUGAAAAAUACAUUUUUACAACUAUGUACAUUUUAUUUAUAAGUAUGUUAAGUUCAAAUGUUGAUAAAAAUUUUAAAUAUCAGCAUUUCAAAACAUGUUUAGUCUAACUUUUUUUAGAAUCUUAUUUCAUCAACAACUAUUUGUCAUAUACACAUAUAAAUUAAAACAAAUAUACUAUGUAUACUACUACCUUUUUUACUUCUCAUCAAUAGAAGAUUUUUUUUGUGAUUAGAAAUAAAACAUCAUUAAAAAAUUAUGUAUGAAAAUAUGCUGAUCACACAUUUUCUCUGUAGGUGUUAAUGAUAAUAUUUUUAUAUUAAUAUCUGAAUGAAUACAUUUAAUAUUUAAGUGUAUAUCAAUUGUGCAGAAUUGUCAGACAUUUGUAUAUAUUUGUUACAUUGGUCUUUCACCUGUGUAUUUUAAAAAUAAUUAUAAGAUGAACCAUGAAACUGAUUUAUUUUGAACCAUCCAUAAUUAUUAUCAGACUAUUUCUUUCUAAAUGUUUAAGCAAAAAACCAUUCUUGAUAAUUACUAUUACCAACAUUUAUUUUUUUUGAUUUAUAUUGUCCAUAUUUAUAAAAAUCCUUGUUUAGUAUCUUUCCAACAAAAUACGAUUUCAAUAUAUAAUUAAUGAAAAAUAUUAUUUAAUGAAAAAAUCAUUCCAUGCACAUAAUACUUCUAAAUAUUAUUUUCCUGAUUUAUAUAGGCACCCUCUCACCCUCAUCACGCUAAUUGCUUAAAUGUUUAUACCAGCUAUAUAGCCACUGCUGAUGUCACACAAAAACAUUUGAAAAUUGAUUUUGUGAAUUCAUACAAUUUUGUUAUUUUAAGUUAAAUAAUUAAAAAAAAAUAGGUAUUUCUUGGAAAAUGUUUCAUACAUAAUCAGUUUAUUUUACUUAAUUACAUAGCCAGUAAUAGUUAUAAAAAAUGUUAUGCUUAGUUUUAUUUUUACUUUACUAAUUUAUAUUAUGUUCGUUUUUCCACAGCCAAGUGAAACUGAGAAUCAGGUAAAUAUAUUUUCUUGCUAUUAGAAUUUUGUUUUUAUUUUUCUCAGUAAACCUACAUUUAUUAGGUUCUUGAAUUAUUUUAUGGUUUUGUUCCAAGUUCAAUAUAGUUGGUAAAAAAAUUAAUAAGGAACUCCAUUUAUUAUUAAUCAAUAUGGUCAUAUAAUGUUAUUUGUUUUAUUUUACAUAACUUUAGGGUCAAAUAGUGUUUUUAUGAUAUUAGAUUUUUAAGGGUUUAUUUUUUAAAUUACUUAAUGCUUCCUAUGAAGAGUAUUAUGUUAUUAUUGAUAUUUUAAUAAAUUAUUUAUCUACAAGUCACAAUAAAGAAUUAAAUAUUAUAAUAGUGUAUUUGUUUUAGAUUGAUGAACUUGCGAAUUAUAUGAUCAAUCUGGAAGAACAUGAUGGAAGACUUUUAGAAUUAGAAAAGGAAACUGAGUAUAUAAAUGUAACAGCGUGGAUGUAUCGGCCAUUAGAUCCAACUAUUCGAUAAUUACAAUUAUUUUUUUUAUUAUUUCCCUUUUUUGAUUUAUGUAUUGAAACUAUAAUAUCUUAAUAACUUCUAUUAUUAUCUUAAUGAAUAAAAAUUGUUCAACUAUACAAUUUAAUAAAUGUAAUAUUUAAGAAUGACUAAUUGUAUUGUAAUUUACAAAUUGAUAUUUUUAAAAUGAUUGUAUACAAUUUUCAAUAUUGAUUAAGUGCUGUUGAAAAAUAAUAAAUUGAGUGAUCCACUAUUAAAUACCCUGUAAUAUAAUGUAAAUUAUAUAGAUGAAUUAUGUAGAUUUAUGUAGUAGUUGGGUAUUAUCAACUGUAUAUAAAUAAUUACAUUCCAAGAAAAUAACAU